GCUUCCAGCACAAGAAAUCACCUGCGGCGGAGGCGCUUCCAGCCCAACCGGUUCGCCGUUCGCUCACCGCCACACUCUUUCUCUCCUCGCCCUUAUCAUCUUCCCGUCCGCCACCUACACUCCACAUCCCGAUGGAGAUAAACCACACGAAUUUCCCGCCCGGUAGGUAGAGUGCAGCUAGCGACCAUGGCAAUCGCAUUGGCAGCCUUCCUGCUGCUGCUGCUGCCGCUCUUCUCCCUCGGCGCUGCCUUCGUCCUCCGUGCGUGGAAAGUCGUCCACAAGAAGGCGGCGGCGCAGCGGGGGGACACGCCGGGGCUACUGCGUCCGUACCCGCUGCUCGGCCACCUGCCGCAGUUCCUGGCGAACCGGCACCGGAUACUGGACUGGCUCACCGAGGUGCUCGCGCGCCAGCCCACCUGCACGCUCGUGUUCCGCCGGCCGGGCGGCAUCCGGGGCGUCAUCACCGCCAACCCGGCGAAUCUGGAGCACAUCAUGCGCGCCAGCUUCGAUAACUACCCCAAGGGCCCGCGCUUCGCGUCGCUGCUCCACGACUUCCUCGGCCGGGGCAUCUUCAACGCCGACGGCGAGGCGUGGCGCGCGCAGCGGAAGGCCGCCAGCUACGAGUUCAACACGCGCUCGCUGCGCCUCUUCGUGGCCAAAAGCGUGCACAGCGAGCUCCACGGCCGGCUCCUCCCGCUCCUGCGCCGUGCCGCCGGCUCCGGCCGCCACCUCGACCUCCAGGACACGCUCGAGCGGUACGCGUUCGACAAUAUCUGCCGCGUCGCCUUCGACCACGACCCUCGCCAGCUCCCGGACGGGGAAGGGGAUGACGGCGACGCUUGCCCGGAGGUCGAGAGCACCGGGACCGGGAGCAGCAGGUUCGCCGACGCGUUCCGCGACGCUGCCAAUCUCAGCGCGGGCAGGUUCCGGUACGCCGUCCCAGGAUUCUGGAAGAUAAAAAAGGCGUUCAACCUGGGUUCUGAGCGGCGGCUGCGCGAGUCCAUCGCCAUUGUGCAUGGCUUCGCCGAUCGCAUCAUCCGGUCGCGGCGGGAGGAGAUGAGCUUGGGAUGCGAGAAGCACGACCUCCUGUCGCGGUUCAUGGUGAGCCAGGGCCAGAGCUACACCGAGAGGGCCCUCCGCGACGUGGUGAUCAGCUUCCUGCUCGCCGGACGGGAGACGACAUCCUCCGCCCUUACCUGGUUCUUCUGGCUGCUGUCCUCGCGCCCGGACGUGGAGCGCCGCAUCCGCGACGAGGUGGCUGCCGUGCGUGCCCGCCGAGCGAUCGACGAUCUCGGCAGAGCUGGGUUCGAUCUCGACGAGCUGAGGGAGAUGCACUACGUGCACGCUGCCAUCACGGAGUCAAUGCGACUCUACCCGCCGGUGCCGGUGAACUCGCUGCACGCGCAGGCCGCGGACGUUCUUCCGGACGGCACGGCGGUGGGGACGGGUUGGUUCGUGGCGUACAACUCGUAUGCAAUGGGGCGGAUGGAGUCUGUGUGGGGCGAGGACGCGCAGGCGUACCGGCCGGAGCGGUGGCUGGACCCGGCGGAGGGGACGUUCCGGCCGGAGAGCCCGUUCCGGUACAUGGCGUUUCACGCGGGGCCAAGAAUUUGCCUCGGAAAGGAGAUGGCGUAUAUCCAGAUGAAGUCUAUCGUGGCGUGCGUGCUGGAAGAGUUUGAAUUGGCGGUGGACGGCGCGUACCGGCCGCGGCAGGUGGCAUCACUCACGUUACGAAUGGCGGACGGGCUCCCGGUGCGGGUGAAUGCCAGAGGGAAUUGAGUACGACGACAAAAUGCAGGGAAAAAUCUGCUACGUAAUUGUGUAGAAAACCGUCACUAUGUAAAAGAUGGAUUCACUAGGCCUGAUUUCUGAUUGUUUCACCAGGCGUUUUCUACUUGGUAUGUUGGUCCA